ACUGGGAGUGACGCAGGGCAGACGGAAAAAACUAGGGCUUGAGGGUAAGGACGGGGAGAACGGCGGUGAUGCAGGAAGGACUGUAGCUUUCAUUUCACAGGUUUAAGCCCGAUGCACGGCCUGCCCGCCUGCACAGAGGACAUGACAGUCACCUAUAUGUAGAUAAUAAUUAGGCAUCAUCACCUCAUCCUUGGGGCGGAUCAGUUUGGAUACACUCCCAGGAAUCAUUGAUCCCCGUCUCUGCACAUGGAAAAGUAGCCUAGUCAUUCCGUUUUCUUACUGAACACCAAGUUGUAAGUCGCAUCCAGUUGGAGGAUAUUUGGACCCCUCUUUCCGUCAUUUUAACAAGUCUCCAUCAUGAACUACCUGCGUCGACGACUCUCGGACAGCAAUUUCAUGUCCAACCUGCCCAAUGGCUACAUGACCGAUCUCCAACGCCCCGACCCGCCGCAGCAAAGCCCCGCAGUGUCGCCCGGACCGACGGAGAGGCGCCAGUCCGCCAGCCAGCCGCAGCAGCAACCUGCAGGUGGAGGCUCCAGCUUCUUCUCAUCCAUAUCUAAUGCUGUCAAACAGACCACAGCUGCUGCGGCUGCCACCUUAUCCGAGGCAGCUGAUAGAGCAGGAGUCACCAGCAGUGCCAAGAUCCUCCUGGUUAUCGAUGACCAGCAAACCGACUGGGUAAAGGUCUUCAGAGGAAGAAAGGUCCACGGUGAAUUUGACAUCAAGGUGGAACAGGCAGAAUUCUCUGAAAUCAGUCUGGUGGUCAAUUCCAUGGGCACCUACAAUGUGGACAUUGAUGCAAUCCGAAGUGGGCAUAAGGUUACUAAAUCCUUUAAGCCAGACUUUGUGCUGAUCAGACAGCAUGCCUUCAGCAUGGACAAGAAUGGAGACCACCGGAACAUAGUGAUUGGUCUGCAGUAUGCUGGACUGCCAAGUGUUAACACUUUGCACUCUGUCUAUAAUUUCUGUGACAAGCCAUGGGUGUUCGCUCAGAUGUCUAGACUCUUCAAGCAACUGGGCCCAGAGGAGUUCCCACUGAUAGAGCAGGUUUACUAUCCAAACCACAAGGAAAUGAUUACCUCCCCUCGGUUUCCUGUAGUGGUAAAGAUGGGCCAUGCUCACUCAGGAAUGGGAAAGGUGAAAGUGGACAAUCAAUAUGAUUUUCAAGAUAUUGCCAGUGUUGUGGCACUGACCAAGACUUACGCCACAUCUGAGCCCUUCAUUGAUGCAAAGUAUGAUGUCCGCAUCCAGAAGAUUGGCAACAAUUACAAAGCUUACAUGAGAACAUCAAUUUCUGGCAACUGGAAGACCAACACUGGCUCAUCUAUGCUUGAGCAGGUGGCCAUGUCAGACAAGUACAGAAUGUGGGUGGACUCUUGCUCUGACAUUUUUGGAGGGUUGGAUAUCUGCGCCGUAGAGGCUCUACAUGGUAAAGAUGGCAAGGACUACAUUAUAGAGGUUGAUGACUGUUCGAUGCCACUGAUUGGGGACCAGCAGGAUGAGGAUCGCAUUCAGAUUGCAGAGCUGGUGAUUUCCAGGAUGAACCUGGUUGUUCCUCGCACUACAAGCUCUUCCACAGCAGGGCAGCAGAGAGCAGUGUCUCCUCAGCCUGUCUCACAGCCCAAAGUUCCACAGGCUCAACCACGCCCCUCACCUCAGGGUGGUCCGCAGCAAAGCCCCCCACCUCAGCAGCGCCCACAGCCUCAAGGCCAGCCUCCUGCACAGGCCCAGCAAUCUGCUGUGAACCCUGCUGCCGGUGACCCCAGUGCCCAGGCGAAGGCUACCCAAGGACCUGCAGCCCAGCCACGGCCACCAGGUCAGGGAGCUUCUCAAGGCCAGAGACCUCCUUCUGGUCAGGGCUCUCCUCAACGAAGCCAAGGAGGUUCGCCUCAAGCUCAGAGGCAACAGUCUGUCACCCAGCAGCAGAAAUCUGCAGGCCCUGGCCAGAAACCUCCAACAGGCCAACCACAGCAGAGGCCUGCCCAGCCCCCUAGGCAGCAGUCACAGGGAGGGGCGCAGCAACAGAGGGCUCCUGGACAACAAGGUCGUUCUGGAGGACCCACCACCCAGCAGCCCCGACCUGCUGCUCAAGGCCAGGGGGGCCCAGGCGGACGACCCCCGCUGCAGCAAAAGCCUCAGCCCCCACAAAAACCUAGCCAGGACAGCCCGGCUAUGGGCGGCUCUCCACAACUAAACAAGUCCCAGUCUCUUACCAAUACCUUCAACAUUCCAGAAACCCCAGCGCCACGAGCCAGCCUUAGCCAGGACGAGGUGAAGGCUGAAACCAUACGCAAUCUACGCAAAUCUUUUGCCAGUCUCUUCUCAGACUGAGACGGCAUAAGCCCCCUUCCUCCUCCUCCUACUGACAGAAAGAUGGACAGGCAAACUGAAGGACAGAUUCCCCCAACCAACAAGGACCAACAGGAUGCCGUCUCCAGUUCAUGUACAUUGACCCUGAAAUGAAAAUGUACACACUUGACACCCACUGCCUAAAUACUUAAAACCUUUUCAAAUGAACAAAAAGUAGAAUACACAGAAAAUUUAGGCACUGAUAUCUGAAACAUUCCUUGCCUCGCCUCAAGCUUAAGUAAGUCAUCUACUCAUGGUGUCACACAAACAAAACACAAAAAAAGCCUGUAUAUGCAUGAGCACACACACAAAAGUUAGAAACAAAACAACAAAAUACUGCUCCCACUUGUUUGUUGGUGCCGUAAAGUCAUUGUGAUCUUUAUGUUCGAGUUGUGGUUGGUUAGCCGAACAACCAAAUCAAUUAAGGGACUGUACAAAAAUUAUUUGGGUGCAGAAUCAAAUAUUUUAUGUUAUAAAAAAAAGCAAGGCACUCCCCAGUGUUUUUCAAUGUCUUAAAAUAAUAUAUUUAUGGUAAACAUAACAAAAUAGUGAAAAUAUAGCCACUCUCUAUUUUUGAAUAAAGAGUUUGCGAAAUAAACUGUUAUUUUAUCCUCUGCAUAUGGCAAAAUGCUCCUUCAUGGCACAAAUGAAAACCACCUGUUUGAUUUACUUACUAUUUAUCUAUUUUUCCAUAAGUAAUCACACAAACAUAUGACAAAAAUUAAACACCCUCAACUGAUCUCUCAAAAAAGUCAGACAACCCUCCCUUUUGCAAAAAUAAAAAUAACAAUAACCCCACUUUUUUUUACCCCCUCCACCCCUACAAAUUUUUGUACAAUCCCUAACUCAGCACAGCUGCACACACAGAAUGUCCAGUGUUAGCUAAUGCUAGAUCUGUUCGAGCUGUUGACCGCUCAUGGUGAUGUCUUAGCUGCAUGUCAACAGGAGGCAAUGGUCGCAUUUUCCAACCCCUGACAUUGGCGCUUGUAACUGUGUCGUCACAUGUAGUUGAAUUAGUAGAGUAACCCAGUAGAUGUUGUGAGGAUGUUGUUGCUUCCACUUUUCCUCCCGUUUUUUGUCGCACAAGAGCAAAUGCCCGAAAGCUCUCCACCUUGAACGCAUGCCUUACACAGACAAGAACGUCAGAUCAAAUGGAGUUGUCUCAGGGAUGUCCAAUUGAUUGUGACACUUGUAUGUGGGUGAGGGUCUUCCAUUACAGUUUUAUUGUGGUUGUUUACUAAUAAUGAAGGAAGAGCAUGCAUUUUAAUGAGGUAGAAUGUUUCUAUUAUUUCAGAUGCAUUUGCACACAGUAUACUGCAAAACUUAUACUUGAACACAGUGACACUGACUGAUGUAUGAAGUCUAUAUUUUCAGGUUUAUUCAUCUGCCUCUUGACAAAGCAACAACUCGGUGUUCCCACCCUGGGGUGCUGCUGUGUCUGUGGUAGGUGCGGUACAGCAGGAUACAGCGUAGGGUUUGCAACUGUUCAGGUACAGUUAGUGAAAAACUAGAUUAUUAACAGACACUUUCAUUUCAUAAUCCCUUGAUUUCAAAGAAAUGUAAUGAAAAGCGUCUGACUGUAAACCAGCCUUGAAGUUAGUGGAUGUACAGCAAGUUAGAGGAUUAUGUUAGGUUGAUUUUAAGGUUCAGCAGUAGUCAAUGCAUUGUGAUUUUGCACUUAAGUAUCUCCAAACAUGAGUCUGUAUCAUACAGUGCAGCAGACUUCCUGCUUCCAUAUAUGCCUCCCGGUUUUCAACGGGUUCAUAGUCUGUAAGAAGAGGUUAUACAGUAAAGAAAUAAUGUAAAGGUAUAGGAAUGUCAACUGUGGGAUGCACCCCUGCGGUAGGUAGUAGUAGAACUCCUCCCUCGCACUGACAACCCUUUCUUUGAUCACUACGGAAAAACUAUUCUGUUUCCAGGCACUAACAAUGUCUUCCAGAAGGAGUGCUGUCAACGUAGUUAUGGCAAUAUCAUGCUUUUUAGAGAUGGCCCAAUAGCCAAAAGUAUAAAGGAGUCCUGGUUCCCCUGCAGAGUCUUCAUGCAGCCUGUGUUUUGUGUAGCCACAGUGACCCCUUGUGCUCAAUGGUGCAUAAAUGUGUGAAUGUUGUUCUGUAACUGGUCAAACCAAAUAGAUGUGUUGUACAGAGCUCUGAGUGAUGCAGAUUGUCACAUUUAUCCCCAGCUGCUAUUUGUGCUUGUUGAUAUUAUGUGUGUCUCUCAACUUUUUUAUUUUUUUACUUUGUGCUUUUUAGUUUCAAUUAUUUUCUACAUGCUUCUUUGUUUCUAUUAAGGCAGGACUAUGUGGGGCUUGUAUGUUUAUGCAUUAGUGAUUCAGGGCUUCAUUUUUAAAUUUUACAGUGACUCAGUGUCAGUACAUUACUGUCAGAUUUAUCGUGGCACAGCCUAACGCCAAGAGAAUCAGUAAGAGCAGCUUUGUGUAAUUGUUACACUGAGUGUGUAAUUUAUGAAAAUGAGCCAUCACGAUUAGCAUGGAUGGUUAACUUUGAAAAAUGUCAUACUGUCGCUCAGAGGCCUGCUGGCCAUAUUAAGACAUACCAUUUGCCACGGCACUUCCUGAGACUGACAGGACGAGCUGUGACACCAAUGCAAAGACGUAGAUUUACGCGUUUAUGUUUUUGAUAUUCACACAUUUCUUUUGAAAAUGUUUACAUUAUUUAUAGUGGAUAUAUCUGACUGUGAAUGUACAUUUUUUUCCUUUGUUACAGCUUGGUUUUAUUGUUUUCUAAAUGCAUUGUAUAAUCAUUGUGAAAAGAUUAAAUCCUUACAAAUCUGAGUGGAACUGAUUAUCAGUCGAUGCCUGCCAGAUUCAAAAACGUACAUCAUAAAUGUAAGUGCAAGAAUCAAAAAGCUGAGGUUUUUUGUUAAUCAAAAAAUAAGAUACUGCAUACUGUAAAUCAUGGUGGAUUAUUGAAUUAAAUGUAAAAAAAAAUAUUUGAUGUUAUAUGCAAUGUAGCUAUAUUAUGUGAAAAUGAGUAUGUUAUUAAAACAUGCACAUGUCUAAUAAAGUCUAUGACCAAUAAU